GAAUUUCUUUGAAUUGAAAAAAUUCCAGAAAAGUUCAAAAGUCGUGACUUUUUUUUUUAAUAAAAUUUCGUACUACGAAUGAAUAUUUCGUACGCAAAAACUUACGUUAGAAGUGGUUGUAGUACUAUGAGAAUUAACAAUAAAACUGUAACAUAAAACAUGGAACAUUCCUCUAAGAAACUACACUCUAAAUUUUCAAGUUCUCAUAUUGUUAUGCACCAAAUAUCCCAAUUUAUAUAAACAUAAAUCUAUCACAAUUACAAUAAUUUUAUUUGAGCAAUAAUGAACUUCGAUGCCACCUCUUCUUGGGUGAAACUGAAUAUUGGAGGAGUGAUAUAUCAAACAACAAAGACAACAUUAAUGAAAGAUGAAAACUCAAUGCUUGCUAAAAUGUUUUCUCAAGAUAGUGAAUUUAUGAGUCCUGGAAAGUUAGAUGACAAUGGUUGCUACUUGAUUGAUCGAAACGGGAGAUAUUUUGAAGCGAUAUUAAAUUAUCUUCGAACUGGAGAACUAAUAUAUGAAUCUAACUUGAAUAUCAAUGGUCUUCUAGAAGAAGCAAAAUUUUUCAAUAUUCAAGAAAUGAUCGUUCGGUUACAACAGCUUGCUGACCGUUCAAACCAUGGGAUUGAUGAUAAUGCGCCACUUACAAGACAAGACGUUGUAAGAGCUUUGACCCAGACAUCUUAUAAGUGCGAAUUGAGAUUUCAGGGUGUUAAUAUGAAAAACGCAAAUUUAAGCCGUCUUGAUUUGCGUAACAUAAAUUUUAAAUAUGCUAAUUUGAGUUAUUGCAAUUUAAGCUAUUGCAAUCUCAGUUUUUGUAAUUUGGAACGCGCUGAUUUGUCCUAUGCUUUUAUGGAUAAUGCACAGCUUUUGGGGAUCAAAGGGCUUUGUGCAAAUAUGGAGGGUGCAAUAUUAUCAAACUGUAACUUUGAAGAUCCAAGUGGAGUAAGAUCAAAUUUGGAAGGAUGUAAUUUAAAAGGGGCAAAUUUGGAGAACAGCAAUGCUCCUUGUGUCAACUUAAGAGUUGCGAGUCUUAAAGGAGCAAAUUUGAAAAAUUGUAUUUUACGUUCAGCGAUACUUGCUGGGGCUGACCUGGAAAGAGCAGAUCUCAGUGGUAGUGAUUUACAAGAAGCUAAUCUCAGAGGAACAAACUUAAAUAAUGCUAAUUUGGAAUUGAUGCAAAAUCCUCUACAUAUGUCACAAGCAAUUCGGUGAUUGAAUUUUAAUUGUAAAAUUGUGACAUUGGAAUGUAGAUAUUGUAUAAACGAAAGAUAUUUUUAUUCUGAGAUAUUUUUGAUCUAUUAAUAAAUGUUAAUAAGUUAUAUUAAUACUGGGAUAAGUAUUUAACUAUCUCUCAUUAAUUACACUUAUAUAAGUAGAUAAGCCCUACAAAAAUAAAUUUUUCUCAAAUAAAGUGCUUUUUAAUAUUAUCGUUGAGACAUAUCAACGUAUAUAAUACAUUUAAUAUGAUAUUACCGUCAUAAUAUUUUUUGAAAUAUGAAGCUAAUUAUCAAUAUUUAUCACUAAGAUGAUGUAAAAUGCUUUUCUCUGCCAAGGGAAUAAUUUGCAUACUUUAAAUAAUAUUGUUGCCUCAUCCAGAAAUUUUUCUAAUAUAUGAGCUAUUCGACCACAAUGUA